ACUCGGACGCCCCGCGCCCCCACGUACACGCCCGGGCUCUGCGCGCCCCCGCCCGGGACCCCCAGGCCCGCUCCUCUCCAGCUAGGCCACGCGGGCCCAGCCAGGCGGCCGCGCCCGCCGGAGGAGCAGGAUGUCCUUCCAGGGCAAGAAGAGCGUCCCCCGGAUCACGAGCGACCGCCUUUUGAUCAAGGGUGGGAAGGUCGUCAAUGAUGACCAGUCCUUCUACGCGGAUCUGUAUGUGGAAGAUGGCGUGAUAAAACAAAUCGGAGAAAACCUCAUUGUCCCCGGAGGCAUCAAAACCAUCGAUGCACACGGCCUGCUGGUCCUGCCCGGCGGUGUUGACGUCCACACGAGGCUGCAGAUGCCUGUCCUGGGCAUGACCCCAGCGGACGACUUCUGCCAGGGGACCAAGGCCGCCCUAGCAGGAGGGACCACCAUGAUCUUGGACCACGUGUUCCCCGACGCGGGUGUGAGCCUGCUGACGGCCUAUGAGCAGUGGCGGGAGCGUGCGGACGGCAGAGCCUGCUGUGACUACUCUCUGCACGUGGACAUCCCCCGCUGGCAUGAGAGCAUCCGGGAGGAGCUGGAGGCCCUGGUCAAGGACAAAGGUGUGAACUCCUUCCUGGUCUUCAUGGCGUACAAGGACAGGUGCCAGUGCACAGACGGCCAGAUGUACGAGAUUUUCAGCAUCAUCCGGGACCUGGGUGCGCUAGCUCAAGUGCACGCAGAGAACGGGGACAUCGUGCAGGAGGAGCAGAAACGGUUGCUGGAGCUCGGCAUCACCGGCCCUGAGGGCCACGUGCUCAGCCGCCCCGAGGAGGUGGAGGCUGAGGCUGUGUACCGUGCCGUCACUAUUGCCAAGCAGGCCAACUGCCCCCUGUAUGUCACCAAAGUGAUGAGCAAGGGUGCGGCUGACGUGAUUGCCCAAGCCAAGCUCAGGGGGGUGGUCGUGUUCGGGGAGCCCAUCACUGCGAGCCUGGGCACUAGUGGCUCGCACUACUGGAGCAAGAACUGGGCAAAGUCCGCAGCCUUCGUCACAUCGCCCCCAAUCAACCCAGACCCCAGCACCGCGGACCACCUCACCUCCCUGCUGGCCAGUGGGGACCUCCAGGUGACCGGCAGUGCCCACUGCACCUUCACCACUGCCCAGAAGGCUGUCGGCAAAGACAACUUCACACUCAUCCCUGAGGGCACCAACGGCAUCGAGGAGCGCAUGUCUGUGGUCUGGGAGAAAUGUGUGGCCUCAGGGAAGAUGGACGAGAACGAGUUUGUGGCUGUGACCAGUACAAAUGCAGCCAAAAUCUUCAACGUGUACCCAAGGAAGGGGCGAGUGGCAGUGGGCUCUGAUGCCGACCUGGUUAUUUGGAACCCCAAGGCCACAAAAAUCAUUUCUGCCAAGAGCCACAACCUGAACGUGGAGUACAACAUUUUUGAAGGCCUCGAGUGCCGAGGAGCCCCCGCGGUGGUCGUCAGUCAGGGCAGGGUGGUGCUGGAGGACGGGAACCUGCUCGUCACCCCCGGGGCUGGCCGCUUCAUCCCCCGCAAGACGUUCCCCGACUUCGUCUAUAAGCGGAUCAAGGCGCGCAACCGGCUGGCAGAGAUCCACGGUGUGCCCCGAGGCCUCUACGAUGGGCCCGUCCACGAGGUGAUGGUGCCCGCCAAGCCGGGGGGCAGUGCCCAGGCCCGAGCGUCUUGCCCAGGGAAGAUCUCGGUCCCACCCGUGCGCAACCUGCACCGGUCGGGGUUCAGCCUGUCUGGUUCUCAGGCUGAUGACCACAUUGCCCGCCGCACGGCCCAGAAGAUCAUGGCACCUCCUGGCGGCCGUUCCAACAUCACCUCGCUGUCCUAGGCGUCCCCGUGCGGCCCAGCGAGUCGCUGGUGUCCCGCCGGG